AUGGCAGAGCCCAACCCUAAAAGAUUCCGAUCUGUAAGUGAAGAGGAUCUGACGGAAGUUCUGGAUUCCAGAGUACCUGCCAAAACCAAGGAAGCAAAUCAAUGUUGGCUUUCUGUUUUCAAUACGUUCAACAAGAAGCAACCACGUCCAAUAAAAAUUGAGAAGUAUUCAAAGUCUGAACUGAAUACUUUCCUGUGCAAACUUUACGUUGCUGCUAAACGACAAGAUGGCGGUUCAUAUCAACGUUCAAGUUAUCUGUGCUUUAGGGCGGCUCUACGCCGACACGUGGUUGAAAAGCGGAAAUGGAACAUCAUCAGCGAUCCUGAAUUUGCCCGUUCCAACAACUGCUUGGAUGGAGUUCUCAAGAAAUUGAAGCGAGAAGGAGAACUACGACCAGUCAACCACAAGGACUAUAUCACAGACGAUGACUUCAAGAAGCUGAAGGACAAGUUCUUACGAUGCAAGGAGCCGGAGGUUCUUGUAAUGGAGGUAUGGUUCUAUAUGACCUAUCACUUUGCACUCCGUGGAAGAGAAAUCCAACGACAGGUGAAGAAAACUGACUUGGUUCUCAAGAAGGACGACAACGGAGAUGAAUAUUUCCUUCUCAACGUUGAUCUUACCAGCAAAAAUCAUCCCGGUGGUAUCGCUGAUAGACAUGACCCGCCGACCGCAGGAAGAAUACAGGACGGAGAUCAAGUCUUCAGUGUCAAGUAUCUGCUGUCACGCCUACAUCCUCAGCAAGAAGCGCUAUUUCAAAAGCCCAAACCGAACCUGAGGAAAGGGGAGCAGAUAUGGUUUGAGAAUUUUCCCUUGGGCAAAAAUUCCCUCGCUCAAAUAAUGCCCAAGCUGUCUAAAGUGUGUGGUUUGUCUAAGACGUACACGAACCAUUCUGUACGGGCUACUACUGUCCACCGUCUGUCAGCAGCAGGAGCUACAGAUCGACACAUCAUGCAGGUAACAGGACACCGAAAUGCCAUGAGCCUGGCAAGCUACAGCAAGUCAACUGAUGAACAACAAAGAAAUAUGGCAGCUGUUCUAGAUGCACCUUCAUCUCAAUCAUCGGAAAGACGACAAGCAAAUUCAGUGCCAAGGGAAUCAGAUGAGAGGUCAAGUUCACCUGAUCAAGAUUGUCAAGAACCAUCCACCUCAUGCCAAAAGGGACCUCAAGACUCUUCUGACAACAUCACAUCUACUACAAGUCCUGCGCUAUCUCAAUCUUCACGAACCAACUCGCCAAUCAGACCCUACAUUCCAUCGUCAAAUUCGUGUCCACUGGUCAAUCCGUCAUCCGCAAAAGCGGGUCUUCGACAGAAUACGUCGAAAGAAGUAUGUUCAACGUUUGUCCUUGAUCCUCCGUCUCCAAUGCAGCCACCGCCAUCUUCAUCUCUUCGAAUCGCAGAGCCUCCUUCAGAAGUUAAUGUUGCCUGUCCAAGACCAGCUCCAUGCUUUAAUCCCCAACAACAACAGCAAAGAAUCGAUAAUGCUCUUCAAACUGUAUUUAGUGGAGGUCUGCAUAACUGCAAUGUUACAAUCAACAUGUUGCCUUACAAUUAG